GGUAAACAUUGCAGAGUGUUGGAUUGGUCAUUCAAAGGCGGGUCCUUUGGUUUUCCUUGUUUUGGAUCGUGCGGGCUCACGUCAGUGAAAUUAGUGAGCGCAAUGAGACAACAUCGGUCCGAGAAAGUGGAUUGACGUAUAAUUUAUUUUUGUGACAACUCUUCAAUUGGAUUAAUUCAGGAAAUAUUUCUGGGGACUGACAAGUGGAACACUGGCACAGGACAAUUUCAUCGAAUUCGCGGAAAUUUAUCGUAUUUAUCGUAUUUUUAAAUAGUCAUUGUUGAGUGAGGUUGUGGUAAUUUAAUGCCAAUGCGACGGAAUCUUGAGACGUAAACAUCAAACAUUGAGUGAAGUAUUGAGGAUCCGCGAAGAUGGUUGGCUACUACCACCCGGAGUCGAUAGCCCCUCCUCGCCAUCCGCACGUGAUGCCGGACGUGGUCCCAAAGCAAGACCCCCUGAAGUCUCUAGUAUGUUCUCCAGACCUCACAAUCUUCCCAUCAUCGACCUUAACCCGCCUAACCCCGGCAGCCCAGCCGUCACCCGAGAAGCCGUACCAGUGUCUCAUCUGCCAAAAGACAUUCGACCAGAAGAACCUCUACCAGAGCCACCUCCGGUCGCACGGCAAGGACGGCGAGGACCCUUACCGCUGCAACAUCUGCUCCAAGACCUUCGCCGUCCCCGCCCGUUUGACCCGGCAUUAUCGCACCCACACCGGCGAAAAGCCCUACCAAUGCGAAUACUGCAACAAGUCCUUCUCCGUGAAAGAGAACCUAAGCGUCCACCGCAGAAUCCACACGAAGGAGCGUCCUUACAAGUGUGACGUCUGCAGUCGUGCCUUCGAGCACUCUGGCAAACUCCACAGACACAUGAGGAUACACACGGGUGAGCGUCCUCACAAAUGUUCAAUAUGCUCCAAGACCUUCAUCCAAUCUGGCCAACUUGUAAUCCACAUGCGCACGCAUACCGGCGAAAAGCCGUACGUCUGCGAGGCAUGCGGCAAGGGCUUCACCUGCUCGAAACAGCUCAAAGUCCAUACGCGGACUCACACGGGCGAAAAGCCCUACACCUGUGACAUUUGUAACAAAUCAUUCGGCUACAAUCAUGUCCUGAAGCUCCACCAGGUAGCCCAUUACGGACAGAAGGUCUACAAAUGCACACUUUGUUGUCAGACCUUCAACUCAAAGAAGACGAUGGAGGCGCAUAUCAAGACGCAUGCGGACUCGACGACAUCACCCCGGGAUUCCCCGAUCGAGCCGGUUAUCGAGAUAUCGCAGAGCAUCAAUGGGAUCAAUAUUAACUCUAAUCAUUCUGAUCAUUCGAGCAGCUCGGAUGGCAGUGGUAUCAGCAGCAGCAGUAGUGACAAAGAGAACAGCAAGACUGAGGAGGCGAGGGAGCUUUACGAGGCUGGGGACAGGGAGUUUCCGUAUUAUUUGUAUCCUAGGGAGCAGGGCCAGGGGGUGUAUGGACAGGGACAGGGGGUCAACCCUGCGUUGUUAGCGGCGGCCGCAGCUGCGGCUGCUGCCGAGGACAAGGCAUUUGGCGCGCAGGACGUGCAGACUGGGCCGGUUUACAUGUAUCAAGACGCCGGCUGCGGGUACGAGCAGGAGUAUGGGCUCCAGGUUAAUGAGGAGUGCCAGGGGACACUCAUGAAUCUGGCGGGGAAUGAUGCCAGGAGGCGGGUUGAGGCCGCUCUGGAGGCUGUGGAGGUCGAGAGGAGGGAGUUUGGGGGGAUUAUGAUGAAGCAACAGAUACUGACGCCACCUAGCAGCAAUCCGGUGUCGCCGGCACCGUCGCCGGAUCCGCUCGAUCUGGCUGUGCCUGCUAGGGAGACCCUCAUUUUGCCACCCAGAAAGAGGUCCAAGAUGAUUCUGGAGAGCAUGGAGAGCGAGAGGUGUGAGAACGCUGCACAGAGACAUAGCUCGGUCAUUCAGUUUGCUAGGGCGUCUUAGUGGGGUGCGGAGAGGACGAGGGGAGAUUUUGUGCAGGGAAAAAGUGAUUGGGAUGAGUGAGAGAUUCGGGGAGGGUCGGGGGCCCUCCGCAAGGGAGGGCCUCCGGCGUUUUUUGGACUGGUUGAAAAUAGUCGAUUCAGAAUUUGAGGAUUAUCUCGGUAAUGAGGGGGUUUAGGAGAAAAUGUCAGAAGGCUUUUUUUGUAGCUGACUAAAUUCUACAUAAAAAAGGUUCUGCGAAGGUUUUCGAUAUCACGAGUAGUUAAUGAGAGAAUUUGAUUAUGAUUAAUCCUAGUCUGGUCACCAAAUGCGUCCCUGCGCGGGGAUUCCCCGCCGUGUUUUUAGACUGUAACGUUGCCGAAUUCAGUCUACACUGCCCGGGUGCGUUUAGCGAGUUUCCGGCAACGUCGCGUCAUGGGUACUUUCAUUCAACAUGGGAAAAGAUAAUUCAUCUGUUCAAAAUAAUGUUUUCUCUAGGAAUUUUGGGAAAUAUCUUGUAAUAAAAACUACUAUAACAUUUAGAUAGUUCAAUUGACCAAGUCAAAUUUUUUUGCAUUUUUCCCUCAUAGGGUGACCAAUCUAGGGUUAAUGGAGGGAUGGGGGAGGAAUUCUGAAUUCUGAAUCUGAGUCGAAUAUUACUUCCUAAAUUGUUAAUUUGAAAAAAUAUCGGUCACUGCUGAUGAAAAUCUGCGGAAAAAAAACCCUCCGACGCUUUUUUCUAAACCUUCAAGAUAUUAUUAGAGAAAAACAAUCGUCUCCAUCACUCUAUCUCUGAGAAAUGAUUUUCUCUGCACAAAAAUUAGUGUCAAAAAAGCGUGCCGAAUAUUUAAUGAACAAAAACAAUCCUAAAAGAGCACGUGAAUGAUUUCUAAAUCUAGAGAUCGUAAAUUUUUUGAGAGUUAUUUAUUAAAAGUCCCGAUAUUGGGACAAGCGUUUGAGUCGUGUCGUUUCGUGUACGUGUGUAAUUGUCCCUUAAUCUCAUUAUUAUUUUGUCAAUUCAAUUUUAUAAUUCGGUUAUCUCAAGUCGGCUAAAUCCACGAACAAGAGAAAAACGUGAGGUGAAGAAAAAAAAAUUACAAAUCCAGUUGAAAGAAAUUUACCCAAAAGAAUUUAUUAUUUAUGAAGAAAAAGAAAAUGUCAAAACAUUUAUCGUUUUCUUGAUUGUUUAAUAUUAUUAUUUUUUUUAAUAUUAUUUUUUAUUUGUUAUUCAUUAAAAAUGUCGUGGCUAGACUAAAAAAGCACCAAACAAUUGAUAUCUCUGUGAUAAGAACUCCGUACUACCAGAGUAUUGAGGGUAGCUGAGCCCACUGCCAGUACAAGCGUAUAAUUAUUAUUAAAAUUUCUCCUCAUCGACCUAUUAGUUAUUCUCCUUAUUUCCAUUAUUACGAUUUAAACAAUUUUCAAUGUCUCAACGUUGUCUGACAAUUGCAGACUUAUCAGACUGAUAUUUACGUGUACAACCAUUAAAAAAAAAUCAUCAAAAGAUCAUUUUUCACAAGAGAUCAAAGAAAAAAAAACAUUUCUCAAGAAACAUCACGCCACGCAGUGCCUGAACUGUUUCAUCAAAAUGUUAUUUUCAUUCAUUAAAACUAUAUUUUUCAUUCGUUUAGUUUCAUUAUUAUUUUUCCUUCAUAGUAUAUGAAACGAGGUUUUCCAAAAAUUCUCAGGACAGCCCCUACAUGGGGCACCAUAGAUACAUAUUGUAGAUGAUUAAUAGUUUCGUUUUUGAAGUUUGAUGAAGUGGGAUAGACGCGGGGGUGGAUUGUAUUGAUGGAGAGGAAAUUUUUUCGUUGAGAAUAACGGUGAAUUCAUCCCCAAAACGAGAAGGAAGUCAGUGCAUCGAGAAAAAUUGGAGAUUGCAUCUUCAUUUUUAUAGGAAUUUUUCCAAAAAACUGAUGAAUAAAAACCAUUGUUAACAAAAUCCAUCGCUUGUUCUUACCAUGCUUAACAAAAAAAAUUAUUCCUGCAGUGAACAAUCUGAAUAAAGGGAGACGAAGGGCGCAACGGAACACCAGGGAAAACGAGUAAUUAGCAUACUUCAGGUGUUUUUGUCUUUAGUUGAAAGUCAAAUAAUCUUGACAGUCAAAUGACUUUGUUGAUCAUUCGACUCUAACCGGUUGACCCUUAAGACCACUUGACCUGUUGAACCUUAACUCCAAUCGUGUUUACGGGUAGUUUGACCCUGACCUCUACACGCCCUCAAAAACCCUUUGACCCCCAACACCAGACGUCUUUAAGGGUCGUCUGACCCUCACGAUCCUUUGACCCUCAACUCUAGACGUCCUCAAGACCUUUUAAACAUCAACUCCAAACGUGUUCACGAGUCGUUUGACCCUCAAAACCGUUUGAUCCUCAACUUUAAACCUCUUCAAAAGUCGUUUGUCCUAAAAAACUAUUUGACCCUCAAUUCCAAAUGUCUUUACGGGUCGUUUAACUCUCAAGACCAUUUGACCCUCAACCCCAGAGGUUCUUAAGGGUCGUUUGACCCUCAAGAUCAUUUGAUCUUCCACUCCAAACAUCCUCAAAACCCUUUAAACCUCAACUCCAAACGUGUUCACGAGUCGUUUGACCCUCAAAACCGUUUGAUCCUCAACUUUAAACCUCUUCAAAAGUCGUUUGUCCUAAAAAACUAUUUGACCCUCAAUUCCAAAUGUCUUUACGGGUCGUUUAACUCUCAAGACCAUUUGACCCUCAACUGCAGGGGCUCUUAAGGGUCGUUUGACCCUCAAGAUCAUUUGAUCUUCAACUCUAAACAUCCUCAAAACCCUUUAAACCUCAACUCCAAAUGUGUUAACGGGUCGUUUGACCCUGGCCUCUACACGUCCUCAAAAGCCCUUUGACCCCCAACUCCAGACGUCUUUAAGGGUCGUUUGACCCUCACCUCUAGACAUCCUGAAGACCUUUUAAACCUCAAUUGCAAACGUGUUUACGAGUCGUUUGAUCCUCAACUUUAAACCUCUUCAAAAGUCGUUUGUCCUAAAAAACUAUUUGACCCUCAACUCCAAAUGUCUUUACGGGUCGUUUGACUCUCAAGACCAUUUGAUCUUCCACUUCAAACAUCCUCAAAACCCUUUAAACCUCAACUCCAAACGUGUUUACGAGUCGCUCGACUCUCACGACUAUUGACCCUCAACUCUAAACAUGCUCAAAACUAGUUUCACCCUGAAAACCCUUUGACCCUCAACCUCAAACACGUUUACGGGUCAUUUGACUCUACCCUCUAACCAUCCUCAAAAGUCCUUUGACCCUAAAAACCAUUUGACCCUCACUCUAAACGUCCUCAAAGGUCGUUUGACCUUCAAAACUAUUUGACCCUCAAAAAACCAGUAAAAAUAUUCCUGAACUUUGGCACAAUUUUGCAUUAGGAUGAAUUCACCCCGAACAACAAAAACCGAAAAUUUGCCUAGCUCCGCAAUAGUCCAGUGUAUUUCCUCCCAUCAUCGAAAUAUUCCACUUCAUCAGCUUGACAAAUCGAAAAAUAGCGCCAGCGCCGGUAAUCGAAAGCACCAAUCGCCAUGUCAUAAUCCCAUGCAUUGAAAUCACCAUUUCAUGCACCAGUGUUGCCUUAAAUCUCUAGGCUCAUUACAAUAUAUACCUCGUGCUUAUCGUCCGGCUGGCAAUUAACGAAAAUUUCAUAUUUUUAAAUGUCUCUGACGAACAUAAUCGAGUAUAAUCAUUCGCUCGUUACAUUCUCAAGUAUGCGUACAAAGACUGGCAAUAGAGUGUGUGCGAUUGAAGAAUAUUAUAUUGUAGUUAAAAUUAGAGGCUGAAGUAAUGGUUAGAGGGCACACCCUGUCUUUACUAUUAAUUGAUUGAUUAAUUGAUAAAAGGAAGAAAUUGAUUGAGGUGGAGGAGAAGAAUUUGGGGUGCGAAAAAUAUAUUUACGUGCGCUGUUCGAUUUUUCUAAUUUUAAGAAGUAUAUCUCAAGACAUAAUUAAUAUAUUUCGUGAUUAAUUGAUAAUUACGUAGGGAAGGGGUAGACAGGGGGAAUGUACUUCAAAAGUGGAGACUUUAUAUCGCGAUUAUCUCGGAAGGGAGUCGAUUGAGAGAAAAAUGUUAUAUGACCAUUUUUAUGGAGAAUUAAAUUCUCCGCAAAAAAGGUUCUGAGACAUUUCUCUCUAAACCGCUUACCUCUCGAGAUAAUCGCAAAUUUUUGGUUUAUAAUCGACGAAUCCAUUUCUGGGCUCAUCCCCGGGUCUCGCCCACUUGACUAUCGAAAUGAUGUAAUUGAAUAAAUCCCAGUGCCAGUCUGAUCGAAUAAAAAAAUACGGAACCGCCUGCCAUUACAAGCAUAUAUCUUAAAUUAAGUAAUUAAGAUGAUAAUUAUGCGAUGAAAAUUGAGAAAAAAAAAUUAUUAAAGCGAAGUUUUCUGCCGAAUGACUCUUGUUGUGAGUGUAUGUAUUGUACAUACUAAUUAUAUUAUUUAUAAAUUAACAUUGAAGCGUGUUGCAUGCUCAUACUCAAACGAAUUGCCCGAAAAUCGAUAGUGAAAUUAAUUCACAGUGAAAAUUGUCUCCAUUGCGUACUAUGGAAUUUAAUGAAAAAACGUACUAGUUAAUCGUAAAUGCGUAAUUAACUGAUUUGAGGGCUUUAAUUCAAUAUCCAUCAUUCUGUACUGUCAUGAUCGUGUGUUGUUACGUUGUUUUAAGUUUCUCACUGUCUUUUUCAUUUUGCAUUAGUUCUUUUGUACAUAGGAACGAAGAUCAAUGAAAUUUAUAUAUUUAGGUUUAAGAGGUUGUCUGUUGGAUGAUUACAUAAUUUAUGGUAUAAUUGAUUUAUUGUGGUAAUUAUUUCGUUUUGUGAAUGAAAAAUACAUGCACCUCGACGAAGGAGAGAAUUUAAGGAAGAUUAAACUUUUUAAUUACGAGAAAUA